AUGAGAUAGCAUUGAAUGUCUGAAAAGUCUGCUGUUUUGUUGUUAGUAUAAACCCUUACACAUUUGUAUAACAUUCAACCUCGGGGACGCGGGGAUUUGGUUUUGUUUGUUUCCCAACUAUUCUAUGGAAGAUCCAUCGUUGCAAAUACAUUUUAAAGGACACAAAGAUGCCAUCACAUGUGUCGACUUCAACCCGAACGGAAAGCAGCUUGCUUCUUGCUCUAUGGACGCAUGUUUAAUGGUUUGGAACAUGAAACCGCAAACGAGGCCAUACAAGUUUAGUGGUCACAAAGACGCGAUAUUCUGUGUGCGGUUCUCUCCGACUGGUGAACGGGUAUUUACUGCAUCUAGAGACAAAACUGUGAAAUUAUGGAUUCCGAGCAUAAAAGGGGAGUCCACCACUUUUCGUGCUCACACUGCAGCAGUUCGGUGGUUGGAUGUAUCUGUUGAUGACCCGAGGAUGUGUACAGCUUCCGCAGACAAGUCAGUAAAAGUUUGGGAUUUACAUAGACGAAAGUUCAUAUUCUCUUUAAACCAGCAUGUUAACUGGGUGAGGUGCUGUCGUUUUUCACCUGAUUCACGCCUGAUCUUAUCAUCUUCAGACGAUAAAACUAUCAAAUUAUGGGAUACCGAGACACAAAGUUGUGUACAUACCUUUCAGGAGAGUAACGGCUUUGCUUCGCACCUGGACUUCCACCCGAGUGGAAACUGCUUUGCAUCAGCGAGUACAAACUGCACCGUCAAGCUUUGGGACUUACGAAUGAACCGUCUGCUACAGCAUUAUGAUGCUCAUACUGGUCCCGUACAUAAAGUCGCUUGUCAUCCAAGUGGUCAUGUCCUACUCUCUGCAUCUGAAGACUCAACGCUAAAGAUAUUCGACCUUCUCGAGGGACGUACACUUUAUACACUUCAAGGACACCAGGGGCCUAUUACUGCAGCAUCAUUUUCUGCAUCGGGUGACCAUUUCGCAUCUGGUGGGAGUGAUGAACAGGUAUUUUUAUGGCGCACGAAUUUUGAUAAGUGUGGUGCUGGAACGACUUCUGAUAAUUCAGACAAAAGUUCACACCUAAUUCAUACGACCUCUAAUCCCGAUGGUUCCUUAUCUCGGAGCAAAUCCAUUCAAAUUAAUAGUCAUCUCUUAUUUCCUAAACCUCGUUCUCACAUGACAUCAAAUGAAGCGCACAACGAAGAAAAUAAAUCAAACACUUCUUCGGAAGCUGUGGUUAAUUCUCAUGAAAAUGCCAGUGGUGUAUCACAAAACCCGACUACUGUCAGUUGUCAUUUCCCGACUACUUUUCGUUCUCACUCAAGUGUUACCCCACCAAGUACUUUACCACUAACAUCUAAUGUGAAUUUCCUACAAGCUAAUUCGAAAACAACAAAUGGAUUAGCGAGUGAACUUCAAAAUCUCCCUCCACCAUUAUCUGCAACACUUGAACAUAUCGUUUCACAACUAGAUGUGCUAACACAGACCGUUUCGAUAAUGGGACAACGUCUUACUCUUUUAGAGAAUAAAUGAAAGAGUGAUGUAUAAAGUUACGAACAUUCUUUUAUGAUUGAAACACAGUGUGUCAGCUAUUUUCAUCAUUCAAUUUCAUUGUAAUAUAACAAAUAAUAAACUCGUAUUUACUUUGAACUGUAUAUGCAGCUGUCUUCUUUUUGUAAAAAACUUUAAAGUAUGCUAAUUUUGAGUUUUACAUUGCACAUUUUGACUUGAAUGUCAUUCUUACUAAAUCUACGC